CAGUGCAGUCAAUAUGGCGGCACCCAUUCCUUCCCUAAGUUUCACAUUUAGCGACACAAUUUGACCUGAAUUACGAGUGUAAUAUUGUAUCAUCUUAUCGAUAUUUAACGGUGGUGAUGUCCAGACUGGCUGUAGUGUUUGGUGGUUCUCGUGGCAUUGGGCGAGCAGUUUCUCGGCUGCUGGCACAGAGGGGUCAUAGGGUUGUUCUGCUGUCCAGGAGCAAGGAGGCUGCACAGGCUACUGCUGAAUCUCUGCCCGGAGGAAAUCAUUUGGGUCUUAGCUGUGAUGUUUCUAAAGAAGAAGAUGUUCAGAGAGCAUUUGAGACCAUCAGUAAGAACUGUGGCACUGUGGGAUACCUGGUUAACGCGGCUGGCAUCAACAGAGAUGCAUUGUUACUGAGGAGUAAAUCUGAAGACAUGCUGUCUGUUCUGCAGACCAACCUACUGGGCUCAAUGCUCACGUGCAGAGGUGCUUUACGCAGCAUGCUCAGCCACGGAGGAGCUAUUGUCAACAUUGGCUCUGUGGUGGGUGUGAAGGGUAACUCCGGCCAGUGUGUUUACAGUGCCAGUAAAGCUGGAUUGGAGGGAUUCACUCGCUCUCUGGCAAAGGAAGUUGCUACCCGGAAUAUACGAGUGAACUUGGUGGCUCCAGGAUUCAUUCUGACGGACAUGACGGCAGCACUGGAGAAGGAAGAAGUAGCAAAGAGAAUUCCACUGGGACGUUUUGGGGAACCUGAAGAGGCGGCCCAGGCUGUCCUUUUCCUCCUGGAGUCCCCUUACAUCACAGGACAGGUUCUGCUCGUGGACGGAGGACUACGACUGGCAUUGUGAUGAAAACAUGUGAUCUGACUGAGUCACUGAAGUGUUAAAGUGGAUUCUUUUGUUUUGCUGAUAAAGCACAAAUCUGUAUUUACACAUUGAAUCAAAGCUUAUUGUUCACCUCCCCAUCUCUACAUGGAAAUCUGAAUCACACAAAACCGUGUAAGAGUAGUUGUUUCGGCCCAUCUGGAUUGGAUUAAUGUUAUUUUUAGCACACUGGAGUUUUGGUUGCAUGUUCCAUUCUUGGGAUGAUAGAGGUCACAGGUCAACAUUUGGGGGAUAUGACUAGCUUUUUGAUGUCAGUUAUUUUCAGGAUCCAAAUAAGCUAGGCUACAUUACACUUACAAAUGAGCCAAACCCCUAACCCCUUUAAACGAUUGUUUAGAAAAAAUAAAAAUAAAAUGUGACAUCGGGCCUUCUCGCCACAUUAAAGUGCAGAUCAUCAAAAAGCUCAUUCAGCUUUAUUGAGAGAUGUUUUUGCCAAGAGCAAUUGGACUCAACCCAGACUCAAUACUUUCAGAGACAUUUAUUUAAUGUACUAUUCAUAAACCAGAAGAGAAGAAGGAGAACAGUCCGUAUACAGGCACAGGUUGGCUUGGAAAUCAGAAAAUAUUGCAAAAAAAAAAAAAAGCCUCAUAAAAUCUGACUAAUUUGAAGGAUAAACAGCUGUGUCAGAAAGAGCAUAUUCAAUCAUAGGCUUACAUGUAUACAUUCUGCUAUAUUUUGUGUAUAUACUGUACGUUGCAAGUGUGUGAGA